AUGUGGCCUGUUUCUCGAGAGUGUCAGGAAGUUAAAGGGCCGAAACACUCGUUGACGGAAAUUCUUCCUCUGAAGACUCUCGCUGAACGCUCGUUAUAUCAAACGUAUAUCAUAUGGAAGUUGGCCAAACUGGUCGACUUGAACCUCAGGAACAAGAUGAACUGGAAUGCCCUCAUGAUAUGUGCUGCAAUGGGUCAUGUCCGCUCGGCAGCCCUGCUUGUUGACUUAGGAGCUAAAAUAGAUCAGAGAGAUUUCAACUCUAAAACUGCUCUUCAUCUGGCCAUAGACAACCAGCAUAUAAAAGUGGUCGAGUACCUCCUCGAAGUAGGUGCCAACUUCUGUCCUGUCAUCCUUCGAUCUGUGGCUUGGGACAGGAUGGAAGACAUGGAAACUAAAAAAACUAUGCUGCUAAAUGACACUAUUAAUAAGCACGUCGUUUGUAUUUCCAAAGCUUUCGACUCUAUAGUCCACAAAUGGUGCUGCCUAACAAGCAGUCAGCGUUAUUCUCCAAUAACUCCUGUUCAUUUUAUGAGUCCCCAGUCAUCACCGAACAUUGCUUUCAUCAUUAAUGGGAAGCCCAGCUCCAGUGCAAGCAGUAGUAAAGUUCUACCAAGUGCUUUAACUUCUGCUGCUGCUGUCAGUGGCGCAGGCAAUGCCUCAACAUCAUCAUCGCGAUUGGUCAAUCAGAAGUUGUUGUUCUGCCUGGUUGGCCUCGUUAAUUAUGCAGACUUCAAGCCGAACCUACUCAUGGCAGGGGAGAGUUUGAUCAGGACUGUCAUAUGUCAGAAUCAAGUUCCUAGGUCUUAUAAUGACAGCAUCUUUCUACUGGAGAACUUGGAACCAGGGCCUAACGAGUUGAGAUGUUUGGUGUACAAACCAACGGACCCAAGAAGGCAAACAUCUGCUGUUACUACUGUCGUUGUUGGUCAUCCAUCUAAGCAUGAAUUCGGAAAAUAA